AUGUUAAGGGACGGGAUUGAGGCUAAGCCCUUGGACGUCUUCCUUUCGUCCAGGCCCCUCAGCUGCUCCAGGCAUCGCUUUCCUUCCGGCCCGGCCGAGCCUCUGGGCUGCGGCAUUUCAGUUCCUGCCUCACCCACUCGGCUACCCUCCUCACUCGGUGGUCCAGUGCCCCCCGCGCCCCGCGUGUGGCGAGUCAGCCGGGUGGCCUGCUCUGCAGCCUCGCCCCGCCUGGCAUGCUGGCCUGGGCCUGUGCUGCCCGGCUGCACCCAGCGUGCCGCAGAGCUGGGCCUGCAGGCCAGACCUCUGUCCUGA